AUGGCCCGAGCGCGGCCUCGGGGACGCUGGCUGUGGACACGAUGCCCACACCCGCCUGGGGGCCCCGGCUCGCCUCCCGGCCCCUCGGGCGCCCACCGCCCGGCGGCUGCGGCCCCGCAGCGUGCUCAGGACCCGCGUCGCAGCCGAAAGACGCAGGGCCACGGGCCCCAGUUAGGCAGGCCCCUCCGUGCCGCGCUCACCUCGGCGCCGGCCUCAUCGCCCUCCGCGCCGGGGGGGCUGCCGUUCCAACCGGCAGGCGGCCCCAUGGGGGCGGGGCUCGAGGACGUCAGUGCACUCGCCGUGCGUCCGCACGCAGCCCCGCCUCCCAUGGGGACCCGGCCUGAGGAGCAGGGCAGCCGGGAAGAGGAAAAGGAAAAUAAAAGUUUCCAGUUUGACAAGCUGUCUUCUGCAUCCAUUUCAUCCCAAGACCACCAAGCCAGUGUGGAGGCUUUUUCCUCCUUUCCUUUUCGUGAGACUGAUCACAACCUUGCCAGGACACGGUUUCCUCUUACUCGACCCAGUCUUUGUAAAAAAUGGGAGGCAGCCAUCAGAAGGAAAAACUUGAAGCCCACCAAGUACAGCAGCAUUUGCUCAGAACACUUUACUCCGGACUGCUUUAAGAGGGAGUGCAACAGCAAGUUACUGAAAGAGGACGCUGUCCCCACAAUAUUUCUUUGUACUGAACCACAUGACAAGAAGGAAGAUCUUCUGGAGCCCCAAGAACAGCUUCCCCGACCUCCUUCAACACCCCCCGUUUCCCAGGUCGAUGCUGCUACCGGGUUACUCAUGCCUCCUCUUCAGACCCCUGAUAACCUCUCCGUGUUCUAUGACCACAGCUACACUGUGGAGGACACCAUGCACCAGAGGAAGAGGAUUCACCAGCUCGAACAGCAAGUAGAGAAGCUCAGAAAGCAGCUCCAGACCGCACAGCAGCGGUGCAGAAGACAGGAGGGGCAGCUGGAGAAGCUGAAGGAGGUCGUGCACUUCCAGAAGGAGAAAGACGACGUCUCCGAGCGGGGUUAUGUGAUUCUAUCAAAUGACUAUUUUGAAAUAGUUGAAGUCCCGGCAUGAAGAGUGAAAUCUGUGUUGGUGUUCAAUGGGGCAAUACCACCUACCCUCUUCUAGCCUGUAGAGGAGUUUCAUUUGAAAAAAAUUACACUUGGUCACUUGUAUAAAAACAAUUCAGAAUAUGUUUUAAAAGAAUAAAUUAGAUAUAUACUGUAAAA